AACAAUACCAACAGAAUACCUAUAGACAACUCAAUUGCAAGACACUAUUCGCCGGUUAUAACUACACUUGAAUCCUCUCUGCAUAUUAGAAUCUCUACUGUUACUGUGACCUCAUAAUUGAUACCCACUGGCUCAUCGCCCAUAAGUUAUCCAGAAUGGACACCAUGGAUUCAACUCUAGACAACACGACCCUCUCCACCAUAUCUCUUCUCGAAGCGCGACUCCUACGCCUUGAACAUGUACUAUACGGCCACACGGUUCAGCAACCCAAAACGUCAGCAAUUCGAAGCAUGCAAGAACUCGAGCACAGAUUCAACAUCCUUCUCCAACGAGUGCGCGUGUACGCCGAACUUCUCAAACUCUAUAAAUCCCAACCAACCCUCUUCCAGCCGCCGCCCCCGUCAGAACCCCCCUCCUCCCUCUCCACCGACGCCCUCCGCGCCAUCGUCCUCAGCGCCGCGGCUUCCUACCCGGCCACCGCAUCAGCGCUCACCUCGAUCUCAGACACGCCCAUCCCGGACCCGGCGCACACGGCGGCGCUCGCAGCGCUACUGCCGCGCAUGAGGGGCGUGGAGGCCACGCAAGUCGCACAGGAGGCCGAGAUCGCGGAGCUGAGGGCGCGCAGCGAGAGCUUGGUGCGCAGGUGGUAUGAGGCGGAGGUACUAAGAUACGCGGAGUAUGUCGCGGGGAUCGAGGGGCGCGUGGAGAGGGCGGAGAGGGUGGUGAAGAGGGUUGAGAGGGUGAGAGGUGAGGUUUGAAGAAUGCUGGACGGACAACUACAAAGAGAGUCUGGUGCUAGGUCUACGACGGCGUGGUCAGUCGU